UCUGACGCAACCGUAGAAGAAGAAGCAGGGUACGAUCAUACAGUCCAUGGGUACCAGUCCUACAUGUGGUCAGACUGCGUGUUUUCUGAGAGUCACAGCCCAGCAGAGAGAAGAGUCCCGCCGAAAGAACCGCUUUAACGUUUUCUGUCUGUCGAAAUGAGGCCAGGGUUCAGUCCUCGUGGGGAUCGAGGAGGGCGAGGUGGAGGACGAGGUGGAGGUAGAGGAGGAUUUGGUGACCGAGGAGGACGAGGGGGAUUCAGAGGAGGAAGAGGUGGAGGAUUCAAGUCACCAGAGGGUGGAGGAUUUCGGGGCAGGGGGGGUGGAAGAGGCACACCAAGGGGCAGAGGAGGGAGGGGUGGUGGCAGAGGAGGCUUUGGAGGAGGGAAGAAGGUCUUGGUUGAGCCACACAGACACGAAGGAGUGUUCAUCUGCAGAGGGAAGGAGGAUGCUCUGGUGACCAAGAACAUGGUGGUGGGAGAGUCUGUGUACGGAGAGAAGAGGAUCAGUGUGGAGGAAGGAGAGACUAAGAUUGAGUACAGAGCCUGGAAUCCAUUCCGUUCCAAGCUGGCAGCAGCCAUCUUGGGAGGAGUCGACCAGAUCCACAUCAAGCCUGGAGCAAAAGUCAUGUACCUGGGAGCUGCCUCUGGCACCACAGUGUCCCAUGUUUCUGACAUUGUUGGACCGGAAGGACUGGUCUACGCUGUGGAGUUUUCCCAUCGAUCAGGCCGUGAUCUUCUCAAUGUAGCAAAGAAACGCACCAACAUCAUUCCCAUCAUUGAAGAUGCCCGCCACCCACACAAAUACCGCAUGCUGGUUGGUAUGGUGGAUGUGAUUUUUGCUGAUGUUGCUCAGCCCGAUCAGACAAGGAUUGUUGCUUUGAAUGCUCACAACUUCCUGAAGAACGGAGGACACUUUGUUAUCUCCAUCAAGGCUAACUGUAUAGACUCAACAGCAGCUCCUGAGGCAGUGUUUGCCUCAGAAGUGAAGAAGAUGAGUGCUGAGAACAUGAAACCACAGGAGCAGCUCACGCUGGAACCCUACGAGAGAGACCACGCUGUGGUGGUGGGCAUCUACAGACCUCCACCUAAAGUGAAGAAAUAAGGUGUAGAAGACGGCUCAGGGAGACGGAUUCCCAUUUUCAACCACCAUCCAGUUUUUGUUAGUCUGUUGUCGUCCUCUCCACCUCCACCUGCCUGUUUGUAGAUUUCUGCAGUGUGAAAGCAUGACUAGCACUCUGGAUAAAAUUUAGCUGGGUUCCUUAGUUGUUUUUGUUGUUUGUUUGUUGUUGUUGUUUUUUUGGAGUCCAUUGACACUUAACUGACCAACCACCCAACUGCUGUCGUGUAUUUUUAUUACUACUAAGGUUAGGACAUUACAUGACGUGGUCAUUUAAGGCCACAGAUUGUCUUCUGAGUUGCUUUCCAAUAUGUAAAAGGUUCACCAGUGCUGCUGGUUGGAGCAGCCUUAUUUCACAUUUGUUAUACACAAGUGAUAUCUGGUCCUGUGCAACAACAAACCAGGAGGAUUAAAAAGUAAAUGACAGUGGUAAAGAGUUGAAUAGCCAGUUUUGCGUAGUGUGUUCCCAGCCUUAGAUGAGCUCAGCAGCUGCUGCCCUGUGAGCUAGUUACUUUCUACCCUGAGGAAAAUUUCAGCUGACAUUCUCUGUGCUCCUGGUCCUUUUUUUUACUGAAUGUCUUUUUUUUUUUUUUUUUUAAAUAUAUAUAUGAAUUCGUCCCCCAUUCUUCUGAUUAUAGCCUUUCUCUAAGUGCUUCUGAUUCUAGAUGGCACAUCCCACACUGUUGGGAAAUCCAAAGUAUUCACACAUCAUAUACUCCAGAUGUUUAGUAUUUUUGGUGUAUGUUAUCUGUUGGAACUUGUGUAUGGUAAAAUAUACUUUGUUCUGUUAUGCUGUGUGUACUGGUAGCUCAUGUGAAGAGCUUCAGGUUGGCACAAUACCCACUUUGUAAUCAAGGAACCAUUAAUGCUGAUCUGUUUACUGUUAAGGUGGUAAAUUGACCCUGUGUGAGUGUGUACAGACAAAUAUAGAUGGUGACUUUUUCACUCUGACUUGUAAUUUGAUACUAGUAUAACGUAAGUGUCCAGAGUAUGAAGCAGAAUGGUUGUAGAUAUUUUACAACAACUUAUGCUUGAAACUUAUGUUUGUUUUGACAACAACUUUGUUUUAAUAAAAUCUUUAUCAUUG